GUCAGUCAUCAGCAUGCAAAAUGGAAGGACGUCGGCGACUUGUUCUACAACUGACUAUACUAUUUUUUCCAAUAACUGCUCCAACUUACCCAACAAUAUCCUCAACUUACACUCUGCCGUCUACAGACGAUCCUUGCCCUUCAAAGGAAAGUCUGAAAGUGACGGGAGCAACUGUAAAAUCGACCAAAUUCGCAUUGGAAGGGCUAAAUUCAUCUUGCUUGCUAUUCGAGGCAGCUAAACGGUCGGAAAAUUAUCGUUUCAAAUUAGCUGCUCAUUUCGAACAAUUUCAUUGGGAGAGCUGUUCAGUUAUUUUAGAAAUCUUCUUAAAUGGAAAUGAUUCAACAAGAGCCGUCACUCAAUUAAGCUGCGGUAAUAAAAAGCCGGAACGACAAUUGACCAGCCUGAGCGAUAGUAUUCUAUUCAAGAUUAGAAGAAAUUCAACGGACGUUGGUAGGUUCGGAUUUCAUCUGGUUUUAGCUUCUUAUUCAGUAGAAGAGAAUUGCGUCGAUUUCCGAUGUCAAACUGGACUAUGCAUCGCUGAAAAUCUGGUUUGCGAUUCUGUAAAUCAUUGUUCGGACGGAAGUGACGAAAGGCCCCGAGCCUGCGCUAAUCGUAAUAUGAUAGGAAAUAAAGGAAAAGUUGGCCUUGGAGUCGUGAUAGGUCUGACAUUGGGCUUACUUUUACUAUGUGUUUUCGGAAUGGUUGGUUUAAGUAUUUGCUGUAAAAGAGGUAGCACCUUGCAGAGAUACGGAGAGACACCGACUACUCUGGCGGAAAACAAAGCCGAUCAACGUUUCGAUCAAACAGCGUCAACCGUUCUGCAAAAUAAAUAUAUGCCAGUGCCGCCUUCUCAAUGCGUCGGUAAGUGCGAAUAUAAGUAAUAUUUUAUCAUUAAUAAGCUAACAACCAUCUUACGUUCUUACGUACCAUUCACGUGAAUGGUUUUUUUAAACUUUAUUAUCUACGCCAUCUGCCGGUAAUUUAGCUAUCUAUGAAAAUAAAUUUCAUUCAUAUCUUACAAGUGACGCUAUAAAAAACCGAAACAUUUUUAAAAUAAUGCAAUAGUAAGUCAUUUUAAAAUGCAAAAAAAAAUAAAGUUGAAAAAGGCAAAGAGAUAAUGUAGAAACUUAUCUAGAAGGUCAUAAAUCUUUGGCCCCCGGAUCUUUCAAAGAGCUUUUCGAGAGAUGGUAUAUCGAAUGAAUUCUUCAGUAAUUAAUAUGAUUCGUGUAUGGAGAAAGCCAUUUUAUGGUUAAUAAACUCCCUUGUAAUAUUACUGAUUUGAAAAAACUAGUAUUUCUAUGAAUAAGAGGAUGUUUUUUUUUGCCAUAAAGAAAUAAUAUGGAAAAAGGAAUUAGAUAGAAUACUAAGUGUACGUGAAAAGCAUAGCCUGCAGGUCGGACGCGGAAUCAAGAGGACACUGACAAUGUCGGACCACGCCCAGUGUACCUCGACAUUACUACAUUCAUUCAGACGAGGAGGAAUUGGAAAUGUGCUUGACGACUGUCUAAUAAUGAGAAUUAGAUUGUUGGAAUAUAGGCGACAACCUCUGUCCUGGACGAAAGUCUGUAGGAUAUCGACGUUGCAUUGGACGUGGUCGAGAAAUCGGAUAAAAAUUUUAUUUUCUUCUUUUUUUAUUAACUAAGAAAAAAACAGACUGUAGGAGACAAACUCUUAAACUCAAAAAAGAAAGAUAUUGUGAUUUUUUUUUAAUUUAAUUAAUUAUUGUUGUGGAUUACUAGCCCGUUUGAAAAAUCAGGAAUUUGUAGUUGGAAGAAAAUUAGCUACUCGUUUUUCAAGUUCCGCUUGAUGUUCUUUUAAAGCUUUAAACAUAGCAGCUCUCUCCAUAUCUGAAGAUAUACUCUCCAUACUUCCCCAAUCCGGUAGAUGGCGAUUUUGAAAAGAACCGUGAGGUGUUAGACGAGCAGCAUCCCUCUUAGCUAUUAAAGGAGGCGUUUUCACUUGACGAAUAUCAUCUAGUUCGUUAACGAGUUUCUUCUUAUCCUUUAUGUGUCUCCUAUUACACCUUAACCGCUGAGCAUCGAGCUUUUCAUUCUUUUUCUCCAAUUGCUUGUCGACCGUUUUGUUAUUCUUUUCACAAAUUGCAAAAUUCGUUUUGGCAAGAAUUUUUCCACUGGCUUGUAACAUAACCAAAUCUUGAGAAGACAUGAUGAAAGCAAUAUAGAUAAUUUUCUUUCUUUCUUCACGAUUCUAAAUUAUACCAGAUGAACAGAGAAAGAAUAAUGUUUCUAUGUCUUUUUUUCGUUUAGUCUUCUUGUCUUUUCUCUAUUAAAAAGGAUAAUUUUGAAUAAAGCUGCUGAUAUAUUAAAUAAUAAAGUAUUUAUAAUAUAUACGAAAAAGAAUUAAGUCGAUUAAGAAUUUAAUAUGUCGAUUGCCUCCGCACAGGUUCGAAACAAUCUAAACACAAACGGUUUUUUGUUAUAAAAUCGUUAUCUUUUUCAAUUUUCAAGUGUUCUCCGUCAACUGAAUAUUUAUAGUUAUACUUGAUGUUGUUUACAAGAAUUUUCCCUUAUCAAAUAGAUCAGCAGAAUCCGAGUUCGGGCGUCUUAUUUGUUCGAGUUAACUACAUGUAAUAAAUUAACUAUUUUCAACCGAUUUCGUACUAUUAUGCUUGAAAAAUUAAUGAAGGAUUCAACAUAUUCAUGUUUUUAAAGUUGAUAUUCUCAUAUCAAUGCUUUUAAAUUC